AUGACUGCUCUACCUGGUGUUACCAUAGACAUAAAGGAAAGUCCUGAUGGUUCAGCAGAAAAGGUUUAUACUGUACCUCCUUAUGGAUCCACUGGCCAACAAGUUAAGCUGACCAAGGAAGAGAACCCUCCAGGGUUCUUAAAGUUCACGCAUACCAAGAAUGGUGGAGGAUCUUUUACGGUUGAAAAAGUUAUAUACGGACAGAAUAACUAUAGCAAGGACUACAAGAUGGAACUGAAAAUACCUGAACAUGAAGGGAUACAACAUAUAGCAGUCUGGUAUUGGAACAAUGACCCGAGUUUAAACAAUCCCCUUUUGGUAGAAGUUAAAAUGCGGGACGGGAAUUUUAUUUAUAGCUCUAACAAAGGAGGUAAUAGCUGGCAACCACUUUCUGGAUAUUCAAACCCUCAACAUAAUCAACUCCAAGGUGAGAAACUUGAAACUCAACUGGAUGGCCUCAACUGUAGACUCAAUGAUGCAGUUACAAUUACUCUUACCUUUCAGAAUUCUGAGGUAUAUAAAAAUAAGUCAUACUGUUGCGAUUACCAUAAUCCUAAUGCUACUAGCGGGAGGGUCUCUGUUACUAUUGAUAAAGUUCGUUGUACACGGGGUCAUAACAGUGCCGAUUAUUACAAACACACAAUUUCUAGUAAUUAUAAACUUGCAAAGAUUAAGUACCAUAUUACCAAUGGUGAUAGAAAAUGGAGGCGUAUAAAGUCUGAUGACCUUUCCUUUCCUAUCACAAGCUCAGUUAGUGUAUAUGCAUUAUACUGCAAACAGGACCCUAAACUCAUCUACAUUGAAGGUGGAAGUUCAGCUACAGGCUGGUACAAGAAGAAAGAUGGUGGUAGUAAUGGCAAUGAAGAAUGGACCAAAGUCCCUGAUCUCCGAAAGAUAACACAUAGGAAUCUGGACGCAGGCACUCUAAACCAUGAACAAUAUAACCAACUUGUUGGCGCACUAAAAGAGGCUGGAUGUACAGGCUUGAGAAUAUGUCCUGAUCCUCCUCCACCACCGCCUCCGCCGCCCCCUCCUCUACCUGGCGGUGCUGGCAAUCCUGGACCUAAAGGACCUCUUGGUAAAGGUGGUAAAAAUGGUAAUGAAACUCCUACUAGACCUGAUACUGGUGAACUUAUUGGACCUGCUGGUACUCAAGGUAGAGAUGAUCCUACUGGAGUUGAUGCUGGAGGACCAGGUUCUGUUCCUACUAGUCCACCUGGUACUGCUGCUACUGGACCUGACGGUAAACCUCCUACUCUUACUACUACUACUACUACUACUACUACUACUACUGAAGUUUCUGAUGCUGUUCCUGGACCUGGUGAACCUCAAAGAUCUAUUGGAGCCGCUCCUGCUGCUUUUGGUUUAGGAUUAAUCCUUAAAAUAUCUUCAGGUGUUUUUGGUGGAAGUGGCGCAGUUGGUCUGGCAGGUUAUCAUUUAUAUAAGCAUACCAGAGAUCCUUGGGUUAGACAGAUUUAG